GACGCUGGUGAGACAGGGAGACGCGGCGAGGAGACACGGAGAGACACAGGGAGACGCGGAGAGGAGACACGGAGAGGAGACACGGAGAGACACAGGGAGACGCGGAGAGGAGACACGGAGACGCCUGCGAGACAAUGCUGACCAAGUUCGAGACCAAGUCCGCCCGCGUCAAGGGGCUUUGCUUCCACUCGAAGCGGCCCUGGGUGCUGGCGAGCUUACACAGUGGCGUCAUCCAGCUGUGGGACUACCGCAUGUGCACGCUCAUCGACAAGUACGACGAGCACGAUGGUCCUGUUCGGGGUGUGGACUUCCACAAGCAGCAGCCACUGUUCGUGUCGGGAGGAGACGACUACAAGAUCAAGGUGUGGAACUACAAGCUGCGUCGCUGCCUCUUCACCCUUCUCGGUCACCUAGACUACAUUCGAACUACGUUCUUCCACCAUGAGUACCCGUGGAUCAUCAGCUGCUCUGACGACCAGACGAUCCGCAUCUGGAACUGGCAGAGCCGCACCUGUGUGUGCGUGCUGACGGGGCACAACCACUACGUGAUGUGUGCCCAGUUCCACCCUAUGGAGGACCUGGUGGUGUCGGCGAGCCUGGAUCAGACCGUACGCGUCUGGGACAUUUCCGGCCUCCGCAAGAAGAACCUGAAUCCCGGAUCGUCGGGCGACGCGGAGCUCCGCUCCAUCUCCGGUGUCGACCUCUUCGGCGCCGCUGACGCCGUGGUGAAACACGUCCUGGAGGGCCACGACCGCGGAGUGAACUGGGCGGCGUUCCACCCCACCAUGCCCCUCAUCGUGUCCGGGGCUGACGAUCGCCAAGUCAAGCUGUGGAGGAUGAACGACUCAAAGGCAUGGGAAGUAGACACCUGCCGUGGACACUACAAUAACGUUUCCUGCUGCCUCUUCCACCCGCGUCACGAACUCAUCCUCAGCAACUCCGAGGACAAGAGUAUCCGCGUGUGGGACAUGUCCAAGCGCACGGGAGUGCAGACGUUCCGCAGAGACCACGACCGCUUCUGGGUCCUCGCCGCCCAUCCCUCCCUCAACCUCUUCGCUGCAGGCCACGACAGCGGCAUGAUCGUGUUCAAGCUGGAGCGCGAGCGGCCUGCUUACGCGGUGCACGGGGGGCUGCUCUACUACGUCAAGGAGCGCUUCCUGCGCCAGCUCGACUUCAGCUCCUCCAAGGACGUCGCUGUCAUGCAGUUGCGCGGUGGCUCCAAGAACCCGGUGUUCAGCAUGUCGUACAACCCAGCAGAGAAUGCCGUGCUCCUGUGCACCCGUGCGUCUAACCUGGAGAACAGCACGUAUGACCUAUACAGCAUCCCUAAGGACAGCGACUCCCAGAACCCCGACGCUCCGGAAGGGAAGCGGUCGUCGGGACUCACCGCCGUGUGGGUCGCCCGCAACCGCUUUGCGGUGCUGGACCGCAUGCACUCGAUCCUCAUUAAGAACCUCAAGAACGAGAUCACUAAGAAGGUGCAGGUACCCAGCUGUGAGGACGUCUUCUACGCAGGCACGGGGAACCUGCUGCUGCGCGACGCCGACUCGAUCACUCUGUAUGAUGUGCAGCAGAAGAGGUCUCUAGCGUCGGUAAAGAUCUCCAAGGUGAAGUACGUGGUGUGGAGCGCCGACAUGUCCCACGUGGCCCUGCUCGCCAAGCACAUGAUCAUGAUCUGCAACCGUAAGCUGGAGUCGCUGUGCAGUGUCCACGAGAACAUCCGCGUGAAGAGCGGAGCCUGGGACGAAAGCGGAGUCUUCAUCUACACCACAUCCAACCAUAUCAAAUACACGCUCACCAACGGGGACCACGGAAUAAUCCGCACGCUGGAUCUGCCGAUCUACGUGACGCGCGUGCGCGGGACGAGCGUCUACUGCCUCGACCGCGACAGCCGCCCCCGCGUGCUGACCAUCGACCCCACUGAGUUCCGCUUCAAACUCGCCCUCGUCAAUCGCAAAUACGAUGAGGUGCUGCACAUGGUACGCAACGCAAAGCUGGUGGGGCAAUCGAUCAUCGCGUACCUGCAGAAGAAGGGCUACCCCGAGGUGGCGCUGCAUUUUGUUAAGGACGAGAAGACGCGCUUUGCCCUCGCGCUAGAGUGCGGCAACAUCGAGAUUGCGCUUGAGGCCGCCAAGGCGUUGGACGACAAGGGAUGCUGGGAGAAGCUGGGCGAGGUUGCGCUGCUGCAGGGCAACCACCAGAUGGUGGAGAUGUGUUACCAGCGCACCAAGAACUUCGACCGCCUCUCCUUCCUCUACCUCAUCACCGGCAACCUUGACAAGCUGCGCAAGAUGAUGAAGAUCGCCGAGAUCCGCAAGGACGUGAGCGGCCACUACCAGAACGCGCUCUACUUGGGAGACGUGGCGGAGCGAGUGCGGGUCCUCAAGAACUGCGGCCAGAAGUCCCUGGCGUACCUAACAGCCGCCACACAUGGCCUGGAUGAGGAGGCGGAUGGCCUGAAGGCCCAGUUCGACCUGGAGAAGGAGACGCUGCCGGAGGUGAAUGCAGAUGCUGUGCUGCUGCAGCCGCCGCCCCCCGUAAUGCCACUGGACACGAACUGGCCGCUCCUCACCGUUUCCAAGGGAUUCUUCGAGGGCGCCAUGGCUGCCAAGGGCAAGGCAGGACAGAUGGCUGCUGACCUGGACAUGGAGGUGGGCGGCGGCGAGGGCUGGGGUGAUGACGCGGAGCUCGUGCUGGACGAAGAGGGCUUUGCGGACGCAGUGGAGGGCACCGGAGAUGACGCGGCAGUAAAGGCGGCUGAGGAGGGCGGCGGCUGGGACGUGGACGAGGACCUGGAGCUGCCCCCCGACCUGGAUGUGCCGUCUGGACCUCUCACCGGCGGAGAAGAGGGAUUCUUCGUUCCUCCGACUAAAGGAACCAGCCAGAGCCAGGUCUGGUGCACAAACUCACAGCUGCCCGUGGACCACAUCCUCGCCGGUUCCUUUGAGACGGCCAUGCGGCUAUUGCACGACCAGGUUGGGGUGGUGGCUUUCGGGCCGUACAAGCCUCUGUUCAUGCAGACGCUGUCACGUGCGCGCACUGCGCACCAGGGCUUACCCUCGCUGCCGCCCCUGCAGGGCCAUCCGCACCGCAACUGGAAGGACGCGGGUGCACGUGGGGGCCUGCCGGCAGUGGGGGUGCGCCUGGCAGAGCUGAUUGCACGCCUGCAGGCCUGCUACCAGCUCACCACGGCCGGCAAGUUCGAGGAAGCCCUGGAGCGAUUCCGCUCAGUGCUGCUGUCCGUGCCACUCCUCGUGGUGGACAAUAAGCAGGAGAUCGCCGAGGCCCAGCAGCUGGUGGGAAUCUGCCGUGAGUACAUGGUAGGGCUCUCCAUGGAGGUGGAACGCAAGCGGCUACCCAAGGACACCCUUGAGCAGCAGAAACGCACUUGCGAGAUGGCUGCGUACUUCACGCACUGCAGCCUGCAGCCUGUGCAUAUGAUGCUGGUGCUGCGCACGGCACUCAACCUCUUCUUCAAGCUUAAGAACUUCAAGACGGCCGCCACCUUCGCCCGCCGCCUCAUAGAGCUUGGACCGAAACCUGACGUGGGCCAGCAGACACGCAAGAUCCUCUCUGCAUGUGAGAAGACGCCCACAGACUCCCACCAGCUCAACUAUGACAUGCACAACCCCUUUGAUAUCUGCGCUGCCACCUACAAGCCCAUCUACAGAGGGAAGCCAGUGGAGAAGUGUCCCCUGAGUGGCGCCUGCUACAGCCCGGAGUUUAAGGGUGAAACCUGCCGCAUAACCAAGGUGACAGAGAUUGGGAAAGACGUGAUUGGGCUGAGGAUCAGCCCCCUGCAGUUCCGCUAACACAUCGGGCAUAUUGGUUCACAUGCAUGCAUCCAAGAAUGCACCACACAGGCGCACA